UCAAAGUCGGUAACCGUCAGAUAUUUGACACGUGUCACUUUCCAGAUCGAACAGAAAGCAAAGCACAAGAUUCGAGAAGUACUAUAUAAUUAGAUCAUAUGAUUUGAUAAGAUGUUACCAAUGUUGUAUUACUCCAAAGUCAUCAAACGACCACCAAUACUCGAAUCUUGAUACAUUAUUUUAUACACAUUCGUCGAUAUUCAACAACCCCUCUCGAAAAAUCUUAACAGAAGAAAGCGAGGAAUUAUGGGGAGCUUUGAGAAUCAAGUGAAGCAAAAAGCGAGAGAGACGAAGCACUUUUUUAAGAAAGGAGGGAGGGUGGUGAGUAAUUCACUGAGGAAAGGCUGGUACAAGAUCAAACACCUCAGAUCUUAGGCUGGCUCAUUCCAUGAAUAUAUCGAUCUCGAUGUAAUUGUGUAUGUGGAUUGAUCUUGCCUCGUUGCUUUUAUUUUACUUUGUAACUUGUUCCUAUUCACUUGAGAUUUGUUAGUUGUUACAUGAUGUUUAUGUAGAAUUAAUAAGUUUUAGACAACAUGGACACUUAUUUUCUAUAUUCCAUUGUAUAUGUGUUGUUACUAGUAACUUGAGAGUUUUUGUUUGUGUUCUUUUCUAUGUUUUGUAUUGUAUAAUAUAAGUGUUUCAUAUGGAUGCAUGCCCGUAAAUUCAUGGGAUUGAAUUAGAUUUUUGGUUGUUAGUUGAUCCGAUUGAAUUACGUCGCCACAAAAGUCAUGUCAUAUUCUGCAUCAUAUUCUAAACCAAACCGGGCUGAUUAAGGUGUUAAGAGCAUCUCCAACGGGUUGCCUUCUGCUUCCGAAUCAAUGGGCAUGUUUGUUUGCCAGAAGCAGACUUCUGGCUUCUGCUUUUCUUAGCUGUUUUUGGUUUCUGUUUUUCUUGACCUGUUUGUGUAAAGAAGUAGAAGCACUUUUAAGAUGCCGAGAAUGCUAGCUUCUCUCUCACAGCUUCUACUUUUUUUCCAAACACUUUUUUAACUUAUUUACUUCUCACUUUGCUCCACUAGUCUAUUUUAAGCAAGAAAUCACUUCUUUUAAAUUAACUCAAACAGCUUCAGUAACUCGUUUAGUUUUUACUUCUCCGUGAAAUACUUUUUAAUCCCCUCAUCAUCUGUACGGUCAACCAGCAAGCUCAAUACCUCUUUCUGACUUUUGAUUUUGUCACAAAAUUUAUGGCAAAAAUUCCUACCCCGUCGAGCCAUGAAGCUUGAUACUGUAAUGAGCUUGGGCCAAGCUGCUUGGCUUUUCUCUUUUAUCUUACAUUGCCAAUCGAUAAUAAUAUUAUGAACUUGAUAACGUAUCCUUUUAAACAGGCCGGGACGUUUUUAUUAUCUUGUGGAGCCUUAUGUAUCUCUUUAGUAUAUAUUGCCUGAAGGCUAAUAUACUGUUUAAAGACUUAAAUGCCCUCCUGCUUUUUCCAAAUUUACAGUAUAAUGCCAUUACUUUACGUAUUAUAUAUGUUACACCCGUAUACAUACAAUGAUUGUCAGUAUCUCAAUCUACUUUACCCACUGCAAAGCUAAUCUACCGUUCAAUUUAUAAACGUGUCGCCAGAUUACAAACACUCUUACAAGUACACUAACCAACCUAAUCUCUAUUCAAAUUUGUAAUCUAUCAAUUUGCCUCAAAAUUCAAAUUACCGCUUCUCCCAAGAUUGCCGUAUGGAUAGAAAAUUGCAGCUGGGUAAAGAAUCGGUUGAUUUAGGUAUUUAACCACCAUUCAGUCAUGAUGUUUGUAAGUUGCUCAAAUUUGCCUAUAAUCUUCUUGGUUGAUUUCUUUCCAUUGUUUUACAGUUUACCACUUUCAUUCUGUAUGUAGUUAACCACGAUUUCUCCAUGAUGAAGGAGAACAAAGAACUUGGGCUUGGAUAUACCAUGGAAGAUUAUAUAGUUGAAUUUAUUAAAUUUUGAGGUAUUGUUUGAGUGUUAGUCAUACAUGAGUUGAGUUUAUGUUCAGAAGCUUGAUAAUAUAUAAAUUGUAAAAGUAUGAAAUAACUGGAGUAAUUGUGUAACUGAGUUGUAUGUGUGCUUUGUAGGCUAACUGUUUGAUUAAAGUCUUAAGAGACUUUUAUUUAUUUUGAUGUUUAAACAUGUAAUAUAUUGAGAGAUUGUACAUUUUGUUUAUAUCUUACACUUUGAUUUUGUAGGAAUUUCUAUAUUUAAUGAUUGAGUAUGGUACGUGUCCAUUUUAUUAUAUCCAUAUUGUAUUCUUUUAAUGCAAACAAAAUGAAUUUUUAGUAGCCAACGAGGCUGGGACAGUAGGAGCUCUAGAUAAUGCUGAGUUCUAUUGUCGAUGCUGUGACACAAGAACUGAUAUGCCUCCACAUGUCAAGAAAUUCUUACAAUUAUGUGAAACCAUUGAUUCUCAUGAUAUCAGGAAAAUUCUCAAUCUGGGAGUUUGUGUUUUGCACGAUUUACAAGUAACAUGAUUCAAGGCUCGAAAUUGAACCUGUACUUGACGACGUUUGGAAUGUGGAUGAUAGAUCAUGCAAAUAGUCGAGACUUUUGAAGACUGGAGUAUUUUUCAGGCAGUCAAUCACGCUGAGGAAAAACUCACGUAUGAGACAACCGGUGGCAAGAGAGGCAGCUUUACUGUCUCCACUCAUCUCAAGGAACAAGUCCUUGAAAGUUUCCAUGAUACAGAGUUUUGGUAUGCAGAACAAGGUAGCAUGUCAGGAAAUUUAACACGUUCAGGCUCAUUUAGGAGGAUCAUUCCUCCGUCUCAGCAUACGAACAAGAGUUGUGGUUGCCAGUUGUUUUUGUACCUUCCAACGGCCUUUCUGAUGAGUGAAAGAAGCAUUUAUGACACCAAAGCAAUUGCACUAAUCAGAUCCUUAAAGCAGCGAUGGCAAUUAACUAAAUAUGAAGUUGGACUAUAUUCAUCAGUAUCUUAUAAAUUUUUCGCUGAGCAUGAAGGCUGGAUCAAAUCUUUUUCAACUUAACCCUGAGGAUACUGUUGCAGAGGACAACAAAUUUGUUUGGACAGCUAUAGAACAGUGCCAAAGUCUCCGCCUUACAAAAUCAAGGUAAAUGGGAAUCAAGGUUGCUGCUUAUUCCCUUCUAUGAGCUUUUAAUUUGGGGGACGAAAGGACGAGUGAAGGAAUCCGAGUUUCUGAUGAAAAUUGCAAAGUCAAAAGGUAAGGGGUGGUUAUUGUGGUGCAUAGCUUCAACAAAGAGAGACUAAAGCAGAAUCUUGAAAUUUUUGGGUGGGAGUUGAGCAGCGAAGAGUCCAAGAAGAUUGCUGCAAUACCGCAAAGGAGGGCAAACCUUGCGCUGUUCUUUAUCCCUGAAACUAGCCCUUUUAUGUCAGUCCAGAAGCUCUUGGAUGGAGAACUUUAAAGAUGGUUAUGCCAUAAAUAUAAUAGCAUACGUAAACCAUCUGAAACAUGAUAUUGUAUUUUGUAAUGAAUUAUGGAAUGAGCUUGAGAAAAGACCAGGACAUACUCUGUUUUUGGACUAAUUUUAUUACAAGUAUUUUAUUUGUGGUUUUA